AUGGGCCUCUUUGCAAAUUCAGACCCUAACAUGUUUGUUGUUCCUGUUCCUGUUGCUCAAGUUCAUGAUUGGGUUCAACAAAAUAUUGUUGCUGCUUUGGAAUAUAUUUCUGAAUGGACUUCUUCUAAGAAAAAUGGGUCAGCUUCUCCUUCUGAUCACGAUGUUGCUAUGACUGAUGCAUCCAGUGCCUCGGUUAAUAAGGCCUCAACCAGUACCAGAGGGUUGCAAGCAUUUGAGAUAAUGGCAAUAACAGCAGUGGGAAACAACCUCAUAACUUAUGUCACCAAUGACAUGCACUUCCCUCUGUCUAAGGCCGCCAACGUCGUCACCAACUUUGUUGGGACUAUCUUUCUCCUCGCUCUCCUCGAAGGCUAUCUCUCCGACUCCCACCUCGGCAGCUUCUGGACAAUGCUCAUCUUUGGUUUUCUAGAACUUUCUUUGAAGCCAGCGUCGUUCAAUCUGUUAACUGACGGAGAACACUGCGUGGAAGCAAAGGGCUUCAAGGCGGCGAUAUUCUUUGUGGCGCUGUACUUGGUGGCUUUAGGGAGUGGCUGUGUGAAGCCCAACAUGGUUGCCCACGGAGGAGACCAGUUCGAUCAAGACAACCCCAAGCAGUUAAAGAAACUCUCCACUUACUUCAAUGCAGCGUAUUUUGUAUUCUCUCUGGGAGAACUGGUCAGCCUAACCAUUCUUGUUUGGGUUCAAACUCAUUCGGGAAUGGACGUGGGCUUUGGUGUAUCCGUUGUUGUAAUGGAAAUAGGACUCAUAAGCCUCAUAUGUGGCACUCUCUAUUACAGGCAGUAUUUUACCCUCCCUAAUGUGUUCUGA